GCAGGUAUUUCGCGUCAUAUAUUGAUUAGUAGUGGUUAACUGUGUUACAGCGCAGUCCAACAGCUAUGGUGACUUAGUCAAGCAACUGGAAGAGGGAAAUGUCAUAAACAAGUUAGUCAUCUAAUUGCUGCCUGGAGGCAAGCAGAAGCCAGUAAUGGCUUGCCCGGUGUCCAUCAUCUGUCGGGCACUCCGCACUGUGGGCCUGGUGCUCUUUUACUAUGUCUUCUCCAUUGGGAUCACUUUCUACAACAAAUGGCUCAUGAAGGGCUUCCACUUCCCCUUGUUUAUGACCCUGGUCCACCUUACUAUAAUAUUUUGUUUAUCUGCCUUGUCACGAUGUGCCAUGCAGUGCUGGACCAAAAAGCCUCGAGUCACACUCAGCUGGAAAGACUACUUUCACAAGGUGGCACCAACAGCACUGGCAACUGCACUGGAUAUUGGAUUAUCCAACUGGAGCUUCCUUUUUAUCACUAUCAGUUUGUACACAAUGACAAAAUCAUCCGCUGUGCUCUUCAUUCUCUUUUUCUCUCUGAUCUUCAAAUUGGAGGAACCGAAUCCAUUUCUGAUCCUGGUGGUCCUGCUGAUAGCUAGUGGCUUAUUCAUGUUCACUCUGAAGUCCACUCAGUUUAAUCUGGAGGGCUUUAUCAUGGUCCUGCUGGCCUCCUUCAUCGGUGGGAUCCGCUGGACACUCACCCAGGUCCUCAUGCAGAAAGCAGAGCUCGGGCUUCAGAAUCCCAUUGACACCAUGUAUCACCUCCAACCGCUCAUGUUCAUGGGUCUGUUUCCUCUUUUUGUCUAUAACGAAGGAUUAAGUGUAGGCACUACAGAGAAGCUGUUCAGGGUGAGUGAGCUACAGCCGUUGUUAUCCUCUAUUCUGGCUCUGUCAGCGGGUGGCAUGCUGGCAUUCGGGCUUGGAUUUUCAGAGUUCCUGCUUGUGUCCCGAACCUCCAGCCUCACUCUGUCUAUUGCAGGCAUCUUUAAGGAGGUGUGCACCCUGCUGCUUGCAGUUGAAUUUAUGGGAGAUAACAUGAGCGUAGUAAACUGGCUGGGCUUUGUCGUGUGUCUGGCGGGUAUCUCGCUACACGUGGGUCUCAAGACUUACUACAGUAAAGGUAGAGCGCUGUUUCACUUACUCUUUAUUACAGGCUUGAACUUACUUUUGUGUAAUCACAUUAAUGGCUGUGUGUUGAGCGACAGGAUGACAUCCAUUGUUUGGUUAAUUCUCCUAAUGCUGGCCUCGGAGGCUCAUACCCAAGGCCGUUUAAAGCUGACCGUGUUAUCUGAAGAUCGGCUCCAGAUGAAGUGGAAAGAGGCCGAGGGGCCAGUGCAGGGUUACAAGGUCAGAGUGCGGUCAAUCUCAGACAUUCCUCAACCAGAGCUGAUGCUGACCACAACACGGGGCCGGGCAACCGUCGCGGGACUAGACUCCACACAAGAGUACCUACUGCAGGUGUUGAUGCUCAAUGGGACCAUGGAGAAACUCAUUGCUAAGAGACGCUUCACCAUCAAUGGGCUGCGGGAGGAAGAGGAGGCUCGCAGUGGAGUCCAGAAGGAGAAGAGGAAGGUCCUAUCUGGGGCUUCAGGCUCUGGUGAUUUAGACGAUGUAACUGAGGUUCUGGAGUCACUGCCCACUAUUCUCUAUCAGGAACCCACCACUAAAGAACCCCCGCCGUUGUCUGAUCAAGGGGAACAAGACGUUGAAAAGAGCGGAAAAGACAGGAAAAAGAAGAAGAAAGACAAAAAGACAAAGGAAAAGGAGGAGAAAGAUGAAAUGAGAGGGAAAGCUGCAGAAGAGGAGGACAAAGUGACAAAAACCACUCCAAUCCAACCUGUCACAGCUGGAACCUCACGGAAUCCGUUCGAGUGCAGGGCAGGAGUGCAUGCAGACCUCGUCCUUCUGGUGGAUGGUUCGUGGAGCAUCGGGCGCACCAACUUCAAGAAAGUUCGAGAAUUUCUGGAGGGUCUGGUCACUCCCUUUCACAUCGGGUCAGACGGAGUGCAGAUCGCCCUGUCUCAGUACAGUGGAGACCCUCGGACUGAGUGGCAGCUUAAUAACUUCACAUCCAGAGAGCAGCUGAUCGACGCUGUCCGAAAUUUUAGAUACAAAGGAGGAAACACUUUCACAGGUCAGGCUCUCAUUCAUGUCCUGGAGGAAAAUUUUAUAGAAGAGGCCGGGGCUCGUUCAGAUGUUCCACGGUUUCUGUUGCUGUUGACUGAUGGGAAGUCUCAGGACGAUGCCGUUGCUGCAGCCAACAAGCUGAAAAAUGCGGGAGUGGAGAUCAUCGCCGUGGGUGUUAAGAAUGCUGAUGAAGCUGAACUAAAGCAGGUGGCGUCCGAGCCUCUGGAUUUAAAUAUGUAUAAUGUGAAUGAUUUCCCUCUGCUCAGUAAACUUGUCGGCCGAUUGGUGCGCAUCCUCUGCGGAAAGAUGGAGGAGCGUGAUAAAGCAACGAGAAGAGCUAGUCCCACUGAAAACCCACUGCUGUCCUACCCGAGCCCUACGGACCUGCGCUACUCUGAACUCGGACCCAAAGAAGUGAGGUUGAGCUGGUCGAGCCCAAGCCGGUCGGUGCAACAGUACAGGGUUGUGUUUCAUAGCAGCGAGGGGUCAAACCCACAAGAGAUGGUGGUAAAUGGAUCCACUUCCACGCUGAUGCUAACCGGGCUCUCCUCACAGACACAGUACCAUGUUUCAAUCUUUCCUGUAUACGAGCACAGUGUGGGCGCUCCACUCAGAGGCAUCUUCACGACGUCGAUGCUGGCCAUGCCUGAGUCUCUGGAGGUCACUGCGUCCUCUGCCAGCAGUCUUCGAGUGAGCUGGAAGCCGGCUCCUGGAGCUACUCAGUACAUGGCACUGUACUCAGCUCUUACUGAUGGAGAGCCUGAUGAUGCUCGAGAGGUGAAGUUUAAACCCGAUGAAACUGAUGUGGUCCUGAAGGAUCUGAUGCCCUCUACAGAUUACUCGGUCACCUUGUAUGCCCUGUACGACGAAGAGCCGAGUGAUCCCGUCACCGCUGUCGCUACCACCUUCCAGUUGCCCUCUCCUCUUAAUCUACAGUUCCCAGUGGUCAGUCACAGCACACUUAAGGUCACAUGGGCACCUGGUGCAGCUGACGUUCCUGCUUACCACAUCACCUACAGCACGAAUCAUGGGAGUGAUGUCAAACAUGUGGAGGUGGUGGGUGUGAAUACGGUUUUGCUGCGGAAUUUGUCCUCACUGUCGAAAUAUCUGGUCUCUGUGCAGUCUCAAUAUCCAAAAGGCCUGUCCACACCUCUCACGGGUAACAUCACCACAUUAAAGGUGCCUUCUCCAUCUGAGCUGAAGGUCACCAACUUCUCUGACAGCACUCUGACAGUAAGCUGGGAGCCGGCUGCAAACGAUGUGACCUCAUACCUGAUUAAAUGGAUUUCUCUCAGUGGAGGAGACCUAAAGCAGCUGAAAGUAAAUGGGAAGAGUGAGGAAGCUGUGUUAGAGGGUGUUGAGGAUGAUAAGGAGUAUCAGAUCUCCCUUUCUGCCCUCUAUGCUGAUGGAGCACAGAGUGAAGCUGUGGCGAUACGAUACAGCACAUUAUCAGGAGGAGGUCCUAGCAGUUUAUCCAUUUCCGAAGAGACACCAGUAAGCAUGCUGGUCAGCUGGCUUCCUCCCAAUGCUCAUGUACAGCAGUACCACGUUGUCUACACUCCUCUGACUGGUGAUGGACGAGAGAACAAAGUAUUGCUGCCAGGCAGUGAGAAGCAAGUCCUUCUGCAGUCUCUGCAGCCUGACACUCGCUACAGUGUGCAGGUUACCGCUGAAUACCGCAACAGAGAGGGGGGCAGUGCCUCAGCACAGGGCAAAACCACCAGUCUGCGUGUGAGCAGUGUGAGUGUGGUGCGGUCUGAUCACUCUACUAUCUGCGUGUCCUGGAGGCCAGUGGCAUCAGUGACUGCAUACCGCAUUGUUAUCCAGGCCCUCAAAGAUAAGCAGAAAAAGGAGGCGACUGUAAGUGCCACCAGCAACAGUAACUGUUUCUCUGAACUGCAGCCAGAGACGGUGUAUCGCAUAAGCGUACACUCCCUUUUGGGUACAGUACAGAGCGCUGCUGUCACCAUCCUCCAUCCCACAGCUUCAGCCCCGGUAAGAGCGUAUGUUCCUCCUGGAUUACAUCCAGUAAUACGCGAAGUGUGUCCUGAAAUGACCAUAAGGAAUCAUGUGAUUCAAGGCUUUAAUAUGAUGGAGUCAUUCGGUCUGACUCCCAGAGCUCACUCCACUGUGGAGGGUGUUUCAGCAGAGCCCUUCAUCUUCACCUCAAUACCCAGCUACACCAUAUACAGAGAUGUCCAGCUGACCCAGAGUACAGGCUUCAUCCAUCCAUCAGGCUUUGCUCCAGAACACACUAUCAGCAUGGCCUUCCGUCUGCUCCAGAACUCACCCAGGGAACCCUUCGCCCUCUGGCAACUCACUGAUAAUGAUUUCCAGCCCAAAAUGGGCGUGGUGCUGGAUCCUGAGAGGAAGAUGCUGCUGUAUUUCAGUCUGGACUACAGAGGAGAAGUUCAGGAGCUGACUUUCGACCAGCCGCAAGUUCACACUCUCUUCUAUGGAAGCUUCCACAAGAUUCACUUGUCUGUUAGUCAGGUGGGCGUAUCCCUGUCGGUGGAUUGCCAGUGGGUGGGCGAGAGACCCGCCCGUCCUUCAGGAAACGUACCCACUGAUGGCUUUGAGAUGCUGGGCAAGCUAGUGAGGACUCGAGGGCCUCGGAGUGGCUCUGCAGCUUUCCAGCUUCAGUCCUUUGAGAUUGUCUGCAACACUACCUGGGCCUCAGAGGACACUUGCUGCGACCUGCCUGCUCAGAGGGAUGAAGAGAGUUGCCCUGCUUUUCCGUAUGCAUGUACCUGCACCUCCAACAUUCCAGGAGCUCCGGGUGAAUUGGGCCCUCCUGGAAAGCCUGGUCCACGUGGGCAGAAAGGAGAAAAAGGGGAGCCAGGCCAGAAGGGUGAAAAGGGCCCUCCAGGCAAAGCUGGACCUGAAGGGGACUUAGGAUCUGCAGGGUCUGUUGGCCCCCGUGGAAUGACAGUGCUUGGGAAAAUGGGGCCUCCAGGAAUUAGGGGAGAGAAAGGUGAAAUGGGAAGACCCGGAAGUCAGGGGUUACCAGGGCCACCAGGGCCAAAAGGUAACGAGGGAAGGCCAGGACCUGAGGGAAACAGAGGAGUGGAGGGUAACAUGGGACCCCGAGGACCUUUAGGACCAAAGGGUCCACCGGGUUUACGAGGCCACCCAGGGCCUGGUGGAGACAGGGGACCCCUAGGACCUGUAGGCCCCACAGGACUUCCAGGGGUUAAAGGCGAACGAGGAGAGAAGGGAGAGCCACAGUCUCUUGCCAUGAUCUACGACCUUGUUACUCAAGCCUGUGAGAAGCUGGUGCACGAUGAAGUGUUAAAGUUAGAUACCUUUCUGAAUGAGAUGCGUCGAAAUCCUGCGCCAGUUGAGGAUCCAGUUGGGCCUCCGGGAGAACCUGGAAUCCCAGGAGCCAAAGGGCCACCAGGACCCAGAGGUCCUCCAGGCAGACAAGGCAGCAGAGGGGAUUCAGGCAGAUCAGCGUAUCCUGGCGAGCAGGGUCGCAGUGGUUUGCCAGGAGAGAGUGGAGAUCCAGGUUCAAAUGUCCAAGGAUCACCAGGAAUAAAGGGUCUUGCAGGACUUCCGGGAGAAAGUAGGGUGGGGGUACCAGGCCCUCGAGGUCCAGAUGGUAAACCAGGUGUCCCUGGCAUUUCCGGAGCCGUAGGGCAACCGGGUGAAAUGGGUCCUCCUGGUGUAUGUGACAGCAGUGGGUGCCAACGAAGACCCCCUCCAGCAGAGGAUCCAUACUACGGAUACCAGCCUUAACCUGGAUACGAUGUGUAUUUACCAUGAGAGCAAAAGACAGAACAGGAGGCGAGAACUGGAUCUGCAUGCAAAAGGACAUGUUUUAUCAAAGCCAGUUUAAAAACCUGUUCGUUGCCUCAGGAUCUUCCUCGCUAUAGGAUCCAUCCAACUGACAGUCUCGUCACAUAUUUAAUACCAUGGAUCACAUUGAGAAAUUAUUGAGCAGGACUCAUUAUGUGCUGCAAGGGGGAAAAAAGCCAUUUUUUAUUGUUGGUUUAGAACAUAUUUACCUCCGAAUCUCCAAUUUCGCACUGAGAAUACCUUUGCUAUAUCUUACUAAUACUGUGGUGUAUUUUGUCGUGUUUAUGCACUAUGUGUGUGUGUUUUUAUAUGAUGUUGAAGGUUAAUUAGUAAUACUUCCACUAUUUUUGAAGUUUUCUAUAAAAUAAAUAUAAAUCAUGUACAGAUAUAUGUACACCAAAUUCAUCAUGCAAUAAUAAUACGAUGGAUCUUCAAAAAGUUUCCUCACUUAUAUUUUUGCUGGAAGCAGUGAGGGUGGGAGGAGUAGUAAUUGGUCUUGUCUGAGAGAUAGAGGGAGCUUAUAGUCCGGAUUUAGCACCAUCUGAUUUUUUAAACACUCGAAGAAGCUUUAAGGGGAAGAAGAUUUUCAUGUGAUGAUGAUGUGAAAGCAGCAGUGCAUCUGUGGCUACACGCUCAACCAAAAAUAUUUUUUGCUGAUGGCAUUAAAAAGUUGGUACGACGCUGGAAAAAAUGCACCGAAAGGUGACCAUGUAGAAAAGUUAUGUAAUUUGUUUUUGAAAUUCUUAAUAAACAGUUUAAAAAGUGCGCACACUUUUUGAAGAACCAUCGUACACAAACCACAUUCCAAAAAAAAUGGGACAAUGGCAGAUUAUGAGCAGGAAUGCUGAUGUUCUAGAUCAGUGGUCCCCAGCCACCGGGUACCGGUCCGCGGGUCAUUCAUUACCGGGCCGCGCAGAAAGAAUAAAUAAUUACUAGGGAUGUAACGAUACGCUCUACCCACGAUGUGAUGCGAUUCACGAUACUGGGUUCACGAUACGAUUUUUCCCCGAUUUUUUUUAAACUGAAAUUGAAGACAAAUUGUGACAAAGUUUCCUUUUAUUAUUUUC